CGCUGAACAGAAACACUCCAUUGGCGGGAAAAUGGCGUCGACCUUCUCCAACCCAGCCCUCCCUCACAGAGACAUGGUCACGAUACUUUCUGAGUGUCAGAUCGCAAACAUCAGAGAAGAAGAUCUCUCCAACCCAUCUUCUGAACUCGUAUGUGCAAUCUACACCAACCUUCUCAUCUAUCUCGAUCCUCUCCAGGAUAAUCCUGACCAAGCUGAUUUUGGUGCUUUGGGGCAACUGGAUAAUCCAGACCUUCAUGUUGAAUCCAUUAAGACCAUGAAUUUGUACCACAAGGUGAAGGAGAUUGUUGCUGCAGUCAAUUGCCCCAUUGAAUUCACUUUGAAAGAUAUGAUAAAGCCAGAUACAAAGAGGACGGGCGUAAUCCUCAGUGCGUUACUCAACUUCUCCCUUCACAGGGAAGGAAAAUUGACUCUAUUACAACCAAUUGUUGAUGAGAUGAAUUUCUACGAACAGCAAAGUUUGGAGUUGGAGACAAGGAUUUCUCAGAUGAAUGUGGAAAUUUCAGAGCAUAGAGAAGCAAGGGAAAGGGAGCAGCCAUUUGUUCAACAGUUAGAUACUGAAGUCAAUGAGCUACGCCAGACCAUCCAGGGACUUAAUAACCACCAGAUGUCUUUGAAGGGAUCCUUUAGAACUUUAAGGGAAAACAGUAAAGAAAUGGAUGAGAAGAUUUCAAAUGCUGAGUUUUUAUUGGUGCAAAGUGCACAAGAAAAUGCCAAGUUGAGAUCUAAAAUUGUCCAAUCACCCGACAAACUGCAGGGGGCUUUGGAGGAGAAGAAAUCAACUCGGGCUGAAAUGAAGAACUCUGAAAGAUCAGCCAUGGAGUUGUUUCAGGAGAAGACUGCAGCUGUUGAGGUGUAUUCGAAGGCUUGCAAGAAAAUGUCCAAGCACCUCAUGCAGAUGCAAGGAAUACAAGAACAGGUCAACAAAUCCAAAGGAAUUGAUAAAGAUGUCAAGAUUUUGAAGGCUAAGCUGACCGAGGAUGAAGUGUUGGAUAUGUCCCUUGAAGCAAAAGUAGUUGAACGGCAGGGAAAAGCGGAACAGGUGGAGGAAUUAAGGAAGGCACUGGAGAAAGAAAGAUAUCUGAAACAUGAGGAGGUUACCAAUGAACUACAUAAUAUUACGUUGGAGGUGGAAGAAAAGAAGCAUGAUCUACAAACAAGACAAAGAAAGGUUGAAGAAGUUGUAGCAGAGGCAGAAGACACAGCUUUGAAGAUUAAUUUAGUGAAAGAAUCUGCUGCAGUCAUACAGCAAGGACUAGAGCAUAAAAGUCAAGAGGUUGUGAAUGAGUUUCACAGUUAUACAGGUAAGAUGGGAACCCUUCUGCAAAGCAUCUCUCACCCAAGCUAGAAAGGUUGUAUGGGCAUCAAUCCCCAGUGGGCAGAUCUAAGGAAGCGGCAUGUCUAAUUGCAUCAUGUAAAUACUCCGGUCAUAGCCAGCAGUAACUUGGUUAAACAAUCCUGGUAUUGAUGAAUACCCUCUUUUUUAUGGUCCAAACCUGCUUCACUGUUUUAUGCCAUGGGAGAAAUAUUACUCUUGUUCCUUUUCUUUGUUUUGUGAGGGCAUUAUUGUAUUUAAGGCACAUGAGUUUUGCAAUUUUGUAGGAAUUAUUAUCUGUAUUUUUUUUUUUUUUGGGGGGGGGGGGUUGGAAUUGGGUUGGUGGGACAAGGAUGAGCUGUUUCAAAUUGUCUUGGCUUUGAGUCUAGGAGACUUGACAUAUCAAACAGUGAACUAUAGCACUUUGAUCAAGGACUUCAGAAUUCUAUGAACCA